AUGUUUUCUCACAAGACUUUCAGGAUCAAGCAAUUCCUGGCCAAAAAACAAAAGCAAAAUCGUCCCAUUCCCCAAUGGAUUCGAAUGAAAACUGGCAAUAAAAUCAGGUACAACUCCAAGAGAAUACAUUGGAGAAGAAUCAAGCUGGGUCUGUAA